CCCGUCGAAAGCUGUACGUGGCAGUACCCGUGAAGCUCGCGAAGCUCCCAAUAGCCUCGAGCUCCCACGUCUCGCUCGCGACAGUGGACUUUUCCGGUGUAUUUAGCGGCUCUUCAUGACUGCGGUAUUGCCGGCACGUCGUCGAUUGCCCUCGAAACUAAAAUGUUCACGUUUUCCGAGCUCCUCGCCCUGCUCGCGCUGCUGUCCGCCACGGCGUCCGGCUACUUCGUCAGCGUGGACGCUCACGCGGAGGAGUGCUUCUUCGAGCGCGUGAGCUCGGGCACCAAGAUGGGCCUCAUGUUCGAGGUGGCCGAAGGAGGCUUCCUGGACGUCGACGUGGAGAUAACGGGGCCCGAUGGAAAACAAAUUUAUAAAGGAGACCGCGAGUCCAGUGGGAAGUACUCUGUCGCAGCCCAUAUGGACGGCACCUAUAGAUUUUGCUUCAGUAACAGGAUGUCCACCAUGACCCCCAAAAUUGUGAUGUUCACCAUUGACAUCGGCGAAGCUCCUAGAGGUCAAGACAUGGAGACAGAAGAAUUAUUUUACUUGCAGUUCUCGAACACUGAAGGUCCUGCUUUUGUUCGAGGCGGUGGAGACAGCUGGGAUGCUCACCAGAACAAGUUAGAAGAGAUGAUCAAUGAAUUGGCGGUAGCCAUGACGGCUGUGAAACACGAGCAAGACUACAUGGAGGUCCGGGAAAGGAUACACAGAGCAAUCAAUGACAACACCAACAGCAGAGUGGUGCUUUGGUCGUUUUUCGAAGCUCUGGUGCUUGUUGCUAUGACCCUGGGACAAAUUUACUACUUGAAGAGAUUUUUUGAAGUGCGGCGAGUUGUGUAAAACGCGCACCCUUUUGAAGUCACACAGUGCUCCUCUACGUCAUUUGGUUUGAAUGUCCAGCUCUCGCAAAUUUGAGAAGAAUUUGUUUUCAGUCUUGCAGUUUCUUUUGCUUUAUUUAUAUAUACUUAUGUAUAUGUUUCCUUUUAUUUGGUUUGGGAAGUUUUGCAAUUUCAGACAAGUUUUAAUUUCUUAAAUCCCUGACAUUUUGUAUACUACAUAAGUGUGAAGAUUUUAUUUUGUAGAGCUAUUUUCUUCUUUUUGUGUUUCUUAUGGAGCACAAACCACUUAGCAACCUUAUUUACAAACAGUAAAGUUGAUGUAUUGGCUCUUUACGAUUAAGCAUUGUGUUCUAAAUUGCAUUUGAAAAGCUUUAAAUGACCUAAAGGUGAAAUAUAGUUAAAUUGCUAACUUGUCAGAAACAAAGGGUGCAUUAAGCGGUGUGGUAAUAAGCUUUAGGUGCGAAUUUACUGUUAUUCCCACUUCCAUGGCACAUAGUUAAAAUAUCACAUACUGACAAAUACAUAAAAUAUGACCGGUUAUGUAUUAGAACAGUUAUAUUUUUAAAUGUUUAGGUGGGAUAUCAAUAUUGUCACAUUGUCAUGUUUGUUGCAUUUUUGUUAACAAGGUCAGGGGAGUAAUUUAUCUACUUUUGUACUAUGAUAUGUCUGUAUGGACAUUCUUUAGCAUUUAUGCUACAGAGAAAACAUUGGCAAAGACUACUGCAGAAGUACUGGUGAAACUGUAAAAAUGUAAAGUAGAAUGCUCAUGUAUGUCAGAUAUGAACUUGGUUUAAUAAAACAUGGUAUUCUUACAAUA